AUGAAAAUAUUGAAUAUCAAUAAAUUAUAAAAUCAAUAAAAAAAUAUAACCCAAAGUCUUUUAUAGGAAUUUGCAGAGAAGAGUUCAAAAACAUUUAUUAGUUCAAUUAAAUAAGCAUACGAAGAGAGAAAUCAUUUGAAUUAGGUUAUUAUCAAAUAUGAACCCAUUAUUAACAAAAUAUAUGCAGAAGUUUUAGGAUUUAAAAUGCAACAAAUGAAAGAUUUCAUAGAUAAUUCAGACACAAAUAAUAGAGAAUAAAUAGUUACACUAAUAAUUCAUAUUGAAGAUGUUUUAUAAGAAAUAGAAAAGCAUUUUGCAAUACCCUAUGAUAAAAAGUACAUUGAGGAAGUUUGUAAAAUGUUAUACUAAUUUGUGUUAGUUUAUGAAAUCACUAUUCCUGAGGUUGUUCAAGUCGAGGGAGAUUAGAAUUCCAGCUGUCGUUGGUGUCAAAAAUGCACCAUCUCUUGA